AUGUCUACUCUCAACGAACCCUUUUACAUUCGCUACUAUUCUGGUCACCAAGGUCGACAUGGGCACGAAUUUCUUGAAUUCGACUUUCGAGUCUUAGGAGAUGGAAGAAGCGCAUCCGCACGUUAUGCCAACAAUUCCAAUUAUCGGAACGAUUCAUUGAUCCGCAAAGAAAUGAAUAUUAGCUCUUUGCUGGUUGAGGAAAUCAAGAGGAUCAUCAAAACAAGUGAGAUUAUGAAGGAAGACGAUAGCAAAUGGCCUCAGAAGAACAAAGAUGGACGUCAAGAAUUGGAAAUCAAAAUAGGCAGCGAAGUCAUCUCCUUCGAGACUGCCAAAAUCGGAUCUCUCGUUGAUGUCACAGAAUCUCAAGACCCAGAAGGCCUUCGGGUAUUCUACUAUCUUGUACAGGAUCUCAAAGCAUUGGUAUUUUCAUUGAUAGCAUUGCACUUUAAGAUCAAGCCCAUUUAA